CGCUCCCCGGGGCCAAAGUAUCGCCAUGGAAGCAACUGUUCUUAGCUCUCAGCAGUUCACUACACAGCUCUUCUCGGAAAAACCCCUAAAAUUUAGAGGUGGUCUGGCAUGUGAUUUCCUAUUUUGUAAUCCACUUUGUGUGAAGACGUGUGCUUCUAUGAAGUUAAGUUUAGUAGAAUCCAGCCAAAGGAAUGCGGUGUUGCUGAACAGACCUUUUUUGGUGAAAGCAAGGAGUGAAUUUUCUGUCAAUUCUUCAGAUGGGCUUCAAAGUAACUAUAUGAAUGUUGAGGCUACAUCUGUAGAAUCUCUGAACCUUGAAGAUGUUCCACCAAGAUUGGAUGAUGGGCCAGACAUUCCUGGUUUAUGUGAUGGCAAUAACUAUGAGAAUUCACAGCCGAUACCUAAAACGUUUAAAAAUAGGUUCUUGAAUUUUGUACGCUUAAGUUCCGUCCUCAAUAAUGCUGCAGAAUCAUUUUUUAAGAGUGAGAUACGACGAAGAUUAUUUGUGACUGCUGUACUUCUUAUAAUCAGUCGUGUUGGAUAUUUCAUUCCUCUACCUGGAUUUGAUAGAAGACUGAUACCUCAAGAUUAUCUUAGCUUUGUUUCAGGAUCUGUUGAUGAACUUGGUGAUUUUGCAGCGGAACUAAAACUGUCACUUUUUCAGCUUGGAAUUAGUCCCCAGAUAAUUGCAUCAAUACUAAUGCAGGUACUCUGUCACGUUCUUCCAUCCCUGGUGAAGCUGCGGAAGGAAGGCUUAGAUGGCCAUGAGAAGAUUAAGAGUUAUAUAUGGUGGAUGUCACUAGGCUUUGCAAUAUUGGAAGCUCUUAUAGUUGCUUGUUAUUCACUUCCAUAUUCGAUUUAUGCUGCCAGCUACAGGGUCAAGCAUGUGAUGGUGACAGCAUUUUUGUUGGUUUGUGGUGCAAUGACUAUGACAUGGAUCUGUGAUACGAUAACAGAGUCUGGAUUUGGCCAAGGAUCAUCUCUGAUUAUAUGUGUGGGGAUAUUGACGGGCUAUACCGACACACUGUACAAGAUGCUGUCUCAGCUCUCAGGAAGUGCUUUGAGUUGGUGGCCAUAUAUGCUUGCAGUGUUGGGAGUUUUUACCAUAGUCACUAUGUGGGCAGUUGUUGUAACGGAAGGGUGCAGGAAAAUAAAAUUGCAGUACUAUGGAUUUAAACUUGCUUCUGCUGCAAGAGAAGAUUCUCCAAUUACUGAAGUGGAGCCGUACAUCCCUUUCAACAUUAAUCCAUCUGGAAUGCAACCUGUUCUCACAACAACUUAUCUCUUGGCAUUUCCCAGCAUUCUUGCAAGUAUCCUUGGUUCGCCAUUUUGGGAGCAUGUUAAGGAGAUUUUGAACCCUGAGACUUCUGUUGGUGCACCGCCUUUGGUUUACUAUUCAAUAUACGCUUUCUGUGUCUUUUUGUUCAAUAUAUUUGACAUUGCCAACUUGCCUAAGGAAAUUGCAGAUUACUUGAACAAGAUGGGUGCCAGGAUACCAAAUGUAAAGCCCGGGAAGGCCACCAUUGAAUACCUCACGAAGAUUCAGGCAUCAACCCGUUUCUGGGGGGGCCUAUUAUUAAGUAUUUUGGCAACUACAUCAACCAUACUUGAUCACUACUUACGCCGGAUCAAUGAGGGUUUUGCCAUUGGGUUUACAUCCGUUUUAAUAAUUGUGGGUUCAAUCAUUGAACUUAGAAGAUCCUAUCAAGCAUACAAUGUUAUGCCAAGUUUAAGCAAAGCUUUAAAGCGCUAUGGAUUAUGAUUUCUGAAGAGGCAAUCUUCUUUCUUUCCAAAGAUUCUCCAUACCUGAAAUUGCUCACAAUCUAGUGUACAAGAAUCUUUCGGUUCAAAGGAGCUGGUGCUGUUGCAAGUGUAACAAUGAUAAAGUCGACGAGUUAUUUGGUUUCUUAUUCAAUGCAACUGUGGCGUUGAAUCAACAUUGUGAGAUGACAAGGCUCCUCUGUUAUUUAGAAGGGAUUUUGGUUCCACACUGUCACAAUUAAUUCAAUUAGUAGUAGAGUAGUAGGAGGUUUUACGGAAGUAUGGUACAUAUUGUCAUUUCAUGCAGUUGCGAAUUGUAGAGUUAUGUAUGAUAGAAUUUAAAAAUAGAAUGCUAGUUAGGAGGUGCAGUAUUAGAUUAUAACACAAGUAAAGCCCUACUGUGACAUUACUUAAAUUGAACUGAGUUAUUCAAGGUUGUAUUUUACUACCAGGUUUGUCACUGGAAGAAAGGGUUUCAUUUUGGAUUUU